GCGACUCUGUGCUGAGUUAGCAUCAUCAACAAACUCGGUGAAUCGACAAGACACCGAUAGCCCGGUUUCGUUAAUCUUUCUCUCGCUUGCAUCUACGCAGUGACAGGCCGAAGAUGACGGCCUGAGAUAGCAGAAGUUAUAUCAAGAGAUGCAACAGCAACGUAUUGCUCAACAACAACACCAGAAGCAGGCAGAAAGCACAAAAACCAAGAGCAUGUUUCUGUCUAGGGCGCUGGAAAAAAUCCUAUCGGAUAAGGAGGUGAAGCGGAGCCAGCACAGCCAGCUGCGUAAAGCUUGUCAAGUGGCACUUGAUGAAAUCAAAGUCGAGCUUGAGAAGCAAAAAGAUGGCUCAGUGGUCCCGCCCCGAGCAAACUACAUUGAAGCUGACAAAUAUGUACUGCCUUUUGAGCUCGCCUGUCAAUCAAAGUCCCCACGCGUUGUCAGCACCUCGUUGGACUGCCUACAGAAGCUCAUUGCGUAUGGCCACAUCACAGGCAAUGCCUCUGACAGUAGUGCUCCAGGGAAGAGGCUCAUCGACCGGUUACUGGAGACCAUUUGUAACUGCUUCCAGGGCCCACAGACAGACGAGGGGGUGCAACUGCAGAUAGUCAAGGCUCUGCUGACGGCAGUGACCUCCCCUCACAUUGAGAUCCACGAGGGAACGGUUCUGCUGACAGUGCGUACCUGUUACAACAUCUACCUGGCCAGCCGUAACCUCAUCAACCAGACCACCGCCAAGGCCACGCUCACACAGAUGGUCAAUGUCAUCUUCACCCACAUGGAGACGCAGGCGGCUAUAGAGGCUCAGGAGAAGGAUAGACUAUGUCUGCCCCAGCAGAACCCAUCCCCUUCCCCUGGGCAGAUGUCUGGUGGUUCCCCCCGGUCAGACUCCACCCCAGACCUCAAUGGGACCCCUUCUCCUGCAGCCAGCACACCGGACCUUAAUACCAUCAAUGGCCAACCGGAGGAGUGCAAGACUGAGGAGGAUGUGGCUGCUACAGAGGAGAACAGAGAGGAGACACCACCUCCAGCUUUUAAUGAUCCACUUCCAGAAACACAACCAGCAGUAACACAGUCAGUAGAGGAAGGGGAUGAAGUGGGAUCAGAAUUAGGGGAGAGGGGGACAUCGGGAGUCGGGCAGGUCGAUACAAAGCCAACAGAGCAACCAACGACUGAUGUGGUGGAGGAAGUGGCUGCAGAACCAGAACCACAGACCCAAACUGCACAAGCAGGGGACUAUCCCCCACACAUACCCCCAGAGCACCCUGAUCUGACUCCCCCUACACCCAGGACAGUUAGGAACCAGAUGAACGGCAUUAUGGGUGACCAUGGUUCUGUGUCCUCUACAGACAUCUUGGAUUUCGAGUCCAUGCAGGGUGGCCAGAACGCUGUUCGUUUCUCUCACAUCCUGCAGAAAGACGCCUUCCUGGUGUUCCGAUCCCUCUGUAAGCUCUCCAUGAAGCCGCUGGCGGACGGACCCCCUGACCCAAAGUCUCAUGAGCUGCGCUCCAAGGUGGUGUCCCUGCAGCUGCUGCUGUCUGUGCUCCAGGGGGCGGGGCCUGUCUUCCGCACCCACGAGAUGUUUGUCAACGCCAUCAAGCAGUACCUGUGUGUGGCCCUCUCGAAGAACGGUGUCUCCUCUGUGCCAGAGGUGUUCGAGCUCUCCCUCGCCAUCUUCCUCACCCUGCUCUCCCACUUCAAAGUCCACCUCAAGAUGCAGAUUGAGGUGUUCUUCAGGGAGAUUUUCCUGACCAUCCUGGAAACGUCAUCCAGCUCCUUUGAACACAAGUGGAUGGUCAUUCAAACCCUGACACGGAUAUGUGCAAAUGCUCAGUGUGUGGUGGAUAUCUAUGUGAACUACGACUGUGACCUGAACGCUGCCAACAUCUUUGAGCGUCUGGUGAAUGACCUGUCUAAGAUUGCCAUGGGAAGGAGUGGCCAGGAGCUGGGGAUGACCCCUCUACAGGAGUUGAGUCUGCGUAAGAAGGGCCUGGAGUGUCUGGUGUCCAUUCUGAAAUGCAUGGUGGAGUGGAGCAGAGACAUGUAUGUCAACCCCAACCUGCAGGCCAACCUCGGCCAGGAGCAGCCGUCGGAUGGUGAGGGUGCGGAGCUCAAGCUUCCCGACCAGCUGGCGUCUCGUAGAGACAGCGUCAGCUCUCUGGACUCCACCGUGUCAUCUAGUGUCCAGUCCUCCCAGCCGGACCACCCAGAACAGUAUGAGGUCAUCAAACAACAAAAGGACGUCAUUGAGCACGGCAUUGAGCUGUUCAACAAAAAGCCCAAGCGAGGUGUCCAGUACUUACAAGACCAAGGCAUGCUGGGAACCACAGCGGAAGAAAUCGCCCAGUUCCUGCAUCAAGAGGAGCGCUUGGAUACGACCCAGGUAGGGGAGUACUUGGGGGAGAACAUCCGUUUCAACAAGGAGGUGAUGUACAACUAUGUGGACCAGCUGGACUUUUGUGGCCGGGACUUUGUCUCUGCUCUGAGGGCUUUCCUGGAGGGCUUCCGGCUCCCAGGAGAGGCCCAGAAGAUUGACAGGCUCAUGGAGAAGUUUGCUGCCCGAUAUCUGGAGUGUAACCAGGGACAGGGGGAGUUUGCCAGUGCAGACACAGCCUACGUCUUGGCCUUCUCCAUCAUCAUGCUGACCACAGACCUGCACAGUCCACAGGUGAAGAACAAAAUGACCAAGGAACAGUACAUCAGAAUGAACCGUGGCAUCAACGACAGUAAGGACCUGCCUGAGGAGUACCUGUCCUCCAUAUACCAUGAGAUCGCUGGCAAGAAGAUCGCCAUGAAGGACAGCAAGGAGCACACUAUCACACCCAAGGCUAGCAAGCACAGCGUAGCCAAUGAGAAGCAGCGUCGUCUGCUGUAUGACGUUGAGAUGGAACAGAUGGCGAAGACAGCCAAGGCCCUGAUGGAGGCUGUAAGCCACGCCCAGGCCCCCUUCUUCAGCGCCACCCACCUGGAGCACGUCCGGCCCAUGUUCAAGCUGGCGUGGACCCCUCUCCUGGCAGCUUUCAGCGUGGGCCUACAGGACUGUGACGACCAGGAGGUGGCCUCUCUGUGUCUGGAGGGGAUCCGCUGUGCUGUCAGGAUUGCAUGCAUCUUCAGUAUGCAGUUGGAGAGGGAUGCGUAUGUCCAAGCCUUGGCUCGGUUCACCCUGCUCACAGCCAGCUCCAGCAUCACUGAGAUGAAGCAGAAGAACAUCGACACCAUCAAGACCCUUAUCACUGUGGCCCACACAGACGGAAACUACCUGGGCAACUCUUGGCACGAGAUCCUGCGGUGUAUCAGCCAGCUGGAGUUGGCCCAGCUGAUUGGCACGGGGGUGAAGACACGCUACAUCUCUGGAGUGGUUCGGGAUAGCCAGGCCGGCAUCAAGGGCUUCCCCACCGGGGGAGAGGAGUUCAUGACCCUGGGACUGGGGACCCUGGUUGGAGGUCCAGACCGGAGGCAGAUGGCUCAUAUCCAGGAGUCAGUGGGAGAAACCAGUUCUCAGAGUGUAGUGGUGGCUGUGGACAGGAUCUUCACUGGUUCCACAAAGCUAGAUGGAAAUGCAGUCGUGGACUUUGUGCGGUGGUUGUGUGCGGUCUCCAUGGAUGAGCUGGCCUCUGCUCACCAGCCGAGGAUGUUCAGUCUGCAGAAGAUAGUAGAGAUAUCUUACUACAACAUGAACCGCAUCCGUCUGCAGUGGUCACGCAUCUGGCAGGUCAUUGGAGACCACUUCAACAAGGUGGGCUGCAACCCCAACGAGGAUGUGGCCAUCUUUGCGGUGGACUCUCUGAGGCAGCUGUCAAUGAAGUUCCUGGAGAAAGGAGAGCUGGCUAACUUCCGCUUCCAGAAGGACUUCCUCCGGCCAUUUGAACACAUCGUGAAGAAGAACAGGUCUCCCACUAUCAGGGACAUGGUGAUCCGCUGUGUGGCCCAGAUGGUAAACUCCCAGGCAGCCAAUAUCCGCUCCGGCUGGAAGAACAUCUUCUCUGUGUUCCACCAGGCCGCCUCGGAUCACGACGAGACCAUUGUGGAGCUGGCCUUCCAGACUACUGGCCACAUAGUCAUGAUCACGUUUCAGCAGCACUUUGCAGCAGCCAUAGACUCCUUCCAGGAUGCGGUCAAGUGUCUGUCUGAGUUUGUGUGCAACGCUGCCUUUCCUGACACCAGUAUGGAGGCCAUCCGGCUCAUCCGCCACUGCGCUAAAUAUGUCGCAGACCGGCCGCAGGCUCUGCGGGAGUACACCAGUGACGACAUGAACGUGGCCCCAGGGGACCGGGUGUGGGUGAGAGGCUGGUUCCCUAUCCUCUUUGAGCUGUCCUGCAUCAUCAACCGCUGCAAGCUGGACAUAAGGACCAGGGGUCUGACUGUGAUGUUUGAGAUUAUGAAGAGCUACGGACACACCUUUGAAAAGCACUGGUGGCACGACCUUUUCCGCAUCGUCUUCCGUAUCUUCCACAAUAUGAAGCUCCCUGAGCAGCAGACCGAGAAGCAUGAGUGGAUGACCACGACCUGUAACCACGCUCUGUACGCCAUCUGUGACGUCUUCACCCAGUUCUAUGAACCUCUUUGUGAGGUCCUGUUGGCUGACAUCUUCACUCAGCUGCAGUGGUGCGUCAGACAAGAUAAUGAGCAGUUGGCCCGGUCAGGGAUUAAUUGCCUGGAAAACCUGGUCAUCCUGAAUGGGGAGAAGUUUAGCCCAGAGGUAUGGAACGUCACCUGCUCCUGUAUGCUGGACAUCUUCCAGACCACCAGCCCACACGUCCUAUUGACAUGGCGACCGGCUGGUCAGGAAGAGGAGGCUGGUGAUGGGAAACACAUGGAUGUAGAUUUUGACACCCAGUCUCAGAACAGCUAUGACAGGGCCCUGUCAGAGAAAGGAGGGCAGAGCCAGAUAUCCACCGCCAGCGAUGACACCUGGAAAGGGAAACCCCACGCCAGGAUGUCAGACCAGAAGCUGUUUGCAGGGCUGCUCAUCAAGUGUGUUGUGCAGUUGGAGCUGAUCCAGACCAUUGACAACAUCGUCUUCUACCCGGCAACCAGCAAGAAGGAGGAUGUAGACAAUAUGGCUGCGGCACAGGUUUAUCACAACCAUAGGGAUGCCCUGGAGGAGGCUGUAGAGGGGGACCCUGGACAGGGGGAGCAGGGCAUGUACAGACACCUCUCCUCCCAGCACCUCUUCAAGCUGCUGGACUGCCUGCUGGAGUCGCACACCUUCGCCAGAGAUUUCAACUCCAACAACGAGCAGAGGACUGCACUCUGGAGAGCAGGAUUUAAGGGGAAGUCGAAGCCCAAUCUGCUGAAGCAGGAGACUAGUAGUCUAGCCUGUAGCCUGCGUAUUCUGUUCCGCAUGUACUGUGACCGGCAGCUCCAGGACUCCUGGCCUGACAUCCAGACAAGGCUGCUGCUGGUGUGCAGCGAGGCUCUGUCCUACUUCAUCAGCUUGACCUCAGAGAGUCACAGGGAGGCCUGGACCAGCCUGCUCCUAGUGCUGCUCAGCAGGACGCUGCGACUAACCGACAAUAAGUUCAAGCUUCAUGCCUCCUGUUACUACCAUCACCUGUGUGAGAUGAUGCAGUUUGACCUCAUACCAGAGCUCCGUGCCGUUCUGCGCCGGUUCUUCCUCCGCAUCGGCUCAGUCUUCCACAUCGCUGCUCCUGAGAUGGGCUAGGCCAACCCGCCCUAGGAGGGUCUGGAGAUGGAAUGGUCUGUGUGGGGGGGGGGGGGGGGCACUGGUGGGUGGUGGAACGCUGAGAUGUAUGAAGACUGAGGCGAGAGCUCCCCUAUCGGGAGUAAGGCAGUGCGAAGGGAUGGAGGAUGUAGAUUGACGCAAAAAUUAUGUUACCAUGAGGGAAAGAUGCUUUGAAAGUCCUCAGUUCCUGUUUAUCUUCUGCAAAGGAAAGGCUUCAAGAGUUGGUAAUAAGGUCUGGUGCCCCUUAAGACUGACUCCCCUUAGAACCUCUGCUGGGUAAAAAGCUCUGUGAAAGAACAGAGCUCUCUGACUGUUUCUCAACACUGACGUUAAUGUCAAAUGUAUGGAAAAUUAACCACAACAAUUAAUUGAUGUGGUUUUAUAUAUAUCCUCUACCUGAUCUUGUUUCUCCUAUUUGUUGAUUUUUAAGACUGAACAAACACGCAUAUCCAAAUGCUAACGCAAAUGAAGAAUACCAUUACUGAAUAUUCUGAAAAGUACCACUGGCAGAAAAGCACAUUGGAAACAUGACAGUGACGUGACACUAAAGUAUCCUCAUGUGUUUCUCUAGUUGUGAUGUACUUGAUGAUCUGAUCAAAAGAUAUUGUAACAACUGAUAGGCCUGAUAACAAGACCUAUCCUUAUUACUGUCCCAUUUUUGUUAUGUUCAAUCCACUCUUAAUUUGAUGUUAUUGGUGGUUGGCCUCCAGUGUUUUCGUAGCACAACCUGUAUUCAGCAUCCUACCCUAGGAUUACCAUUAGUGGGAAUGGCUUGCUCCCUAAUGGAUGAGCAAGUAUGGCCGGUUGUUCCCCUGCCACCAUUCCCCAUUGAUCAUAUCAUGUGAAUCACUAUAGCCUGUUAUGAGUCCUAAUUUGACUUGUAUUUAUUUAUUUUUAUACUUAUUUUAAAGCAACAUUUACAUGCCAGUUUACUUGUUGAAAGGCUACUGCACAUUCCCUAUGUUCUGAGAGCAAAAUGGAAUGACUAGCUAUUUUCUAGAAUGAAUCUGGUGUCACGUAAAAAGGAAGUCUACAAUGCAACGCCCAUGGUAUUAUAUAGCAAGGACGAAAUGAUCUUCUCCCGUCAGACAGUUCUAUGUUACACCUAAUGGAGCCUGCAACAGAUCCCUCAUGUAUUAACUGUCCAGUACUUUCUCAGUGGAAUGCCUGUCACUAUUGUCAGUGAAAUACCAGACAGGAGUAAGAAUGAAGAGAAAUCAAACGUUAUUCCUAAAUAUGUCAGGGUAUCGCUACCAUCUUCACCAUUUGCAGUUUAAUCCUGUCUGCAUAUUAUUAUUUUUUUUAAACAAGGAUGUAUAUAAUUAUUUGAAGUGCAUUUAAAUAUUUUUGAUUAGCAUUCCUCUACCUUAACACUAUGGAUGUCUACUUUUCCCUUAAGGGGAACUAUACAGUAAUAUGGAGAAAUACAUUGUGUAAAGUUUUCAUGUAAAAUAGAAAAUGAAGUGCUAUACAUAUUGUGACGUAAUCUCCCAAGCAUUUGGUGAAGUAAUCAAUAAACCUUGAAUUCAGAUCUAUAGCAGCACUGCUUUUGUUGGUUCACUGGAAAGUUAAAUACUGUCAUGCUGUAAUGUAGCAGCUACUGGUGUGGCCUUUUGACAAUGCGUUUCUAAAGUUGACCACAAUGUGGCGCUGUAAACCUCAAACGUUAGAAUGUAUCAAAGGGAAUUUUGGGGGUAACAAAGGUUACCAUGGAGAUGUGAAACAUCCUUUGUUUUGUUUUGGGCUGUAAAGACUGAUAUAAAAAAUAUUUUACGUUCUCGUAAAGCUG